AUGGACUCCUUCCCAGAAGCUUUCUGCAAAGUCAAAAAGGCUUCAGUACCUUCCUCGGUCAAAAAUAAAAGAAAAACUCACAAAAAGUCGAGAAAUGGUUGUGUUGUAUGUAAACAGAGGCGUAUCAAGUGUGACGAAUCACAUCCAAGCUGUGCAAAUUGUGAAAAGAAAAAAUUGAGCUGCCGUUAUUUGUCUGAGAAAGAAAGAAGUUACCAAAAAGCAUUGAAAUUCAAAGACAUGACGUCUACUUUCUCCAUGGAUCUAAUUCCAAAAGCCCCCGGAAACAUAAAAAUUAUACCCUCAGAAAAAUCAGAGAUCCUCUUUCUGUUUGAAAAUGAGGUUUCAAAUUCCAGUGAGUUGGCUCAACCGUCGUUACCUAAGGCUAAUACCAAUUCUGAAUCAUCUUGCUCCAAUACUUUUACCGAUGCCACCAAAAGGUCCAUGCCUGAGUGUUCAUCACAAAUGAAGCCACUGACGAUGCCAUGUAUCCCACCAAAAAUGACCAAACCGUUCUUCACCCCAAAUGUAGAUCCCUUAAUUUUCCCUAGUGCAAAAUCGAAAAAAAGAAUUAUCAAUGAUAAUAAAAAUUUUGACACUUUGCUCCAAGAUUAUGGAUUCAUGUCAGAUUUUGUGAUUGCUUUACGUGAUUAUUUCUAUGGACCUUACUGUGAAGCAGUUUAUCAAUCUGAAGUUAAAAUCCAAGCAAUCCACAAACUAUUCGAUGAUGUUGGCCGAAAACAUCUGUUUGUGCGUCAUAUAUAUCUUGCUCUUGCUGCUUUACAUAUCUAUCACACUUGUGAAUUCAUUGAUGAGAAUAAACCUGAAAAGUUUGUUGCCCAUGACUUUCUUCAAAAGUUUCCAGAAAUUGACAAAUAUUUCUUAUUUCAAGUAUCUAUUAUACAUAAAAACAAAAGUCUAGAGGUCCUUCAACCCUUGCUAACUGAUGGUGACUUGAAGGCAAUUCUUGAUGAAGUUGCUGCUGAAGCUUUGAUGGUUACUUGUGCACUGGUUUCAUUCCAUAUGGCUUGCCUUGCAGGUGUAGAUCUUAUCGAUCUUAGAUUUUAUCAAUCACUCAAAUCUGUGAUAAUGCUCAGUACUCUUGAGGAUGGGUAUGGAUGGAAACGGUUCCCUAAGGAAAUAAUCCAGCACUAUACUCUCAAACCAAAAAAUGAGGAUUUGCAAAAAAUGGAAUCGAUUUUACCUGCAAAUAUUUAUGGAAUAUUGAACGUGCAAGAUUUUGAGGUUCAACAAGGUAAGGUAAAGAUUCUUUCUAAUGGUGCAUCAUCUAAUCUGAAGAUUUUGAAAGAAAAGUGGCACAAGAGGCACACUGCGGGAUAUGCAGCCUCACUUCAUGGUAAGGCCACGGGCAACAAGAAUGAUAAGAUCAAGCAAACUAGUAAGCUUGCUAUCCAGAGUAUUCUUAAUGCUUAUUCUGAUGAUGAAUGUUGUGACUCUGAUGAUGGCAAAGAGGAACCUAGAGACGAUCAAAACUCUGAAAACAUAAGAUAUAAUGUUUUAAAGAUUGAAAAGGAAUAUGAAAUUAGUGAUGAUGACUUCAACUACGAUAAUGAUACCACUGAGGAAGAUGUGUUUGAUGAAUCGAAUUUGAUAUCUAACUUUGAGAAGAGUACGCAGUCUGAUAUGAUAAAAUGUUGUAAUUUCCCAACAUACGUUGUUUACUCCAAAGAUGAAUAUGGUAACGUUACAAAGAAGCUUCGUUAUGAACAAGUUUAUCGCGAUCUAUUAGAUUUGAUCAUUGAACGCUCGUACGUCCGUGAGAAAGUGGGGGAUGAAGAUCCUAUGCCUUUCCUUUUUGGCUUUUCUACCAGUGUAUCAUGUAACGAUAAUAUUCUUUAUUUGUUACAUCAUAAAGAUCCUCGAAUUUUGGUGAUUCUAAGUUAUUUUUAUUCUUUGAUAUCUAAUAUGAGAGAUAUUUGGUGGUACAAAAGUAUAAUAGAUAUUUUUGAUUAUUUACAUGUCGUAUUGAGUGAAGAUUGGAGAGAAUGGAUAAAGGCAUCAUCUGACAAAGUUCGUGAGAAUGAUUGGAGAGCUAGGAAAAAGAAAGUAGAACCAAUGGUUGCGAAAGGAUUCGCUAAUCAUAAAAAGUCAGAGAAUUCGGUAAAUCGUUGGAGAAGAAAGUAUGAGCAACAACAACAACAACAACAACAACAACAACAACAACAACAACAACAACAACAACAACAACAACAACAACAACAACAACAACAACAACAUAUCUAUGAUCAAGGCGAGACUAUGGUCGGUGUUUCAUUUUCAAGAACUGUUGCCAGCACACCAUAUAAUGGAGGUGAUGUCUAUAUGAGGUAA